GAGGAAAAUAAUCCGAUGGUUGUAACAUCUGAUCUAUCUGAUAUCUUGUUGGUUCUGGCGUGGUUGCUAUCGUCUGAUUAAUACCGUUUUGGGUCUCCUAGCAGCGAUUUUAAUCCAUUAACAUGUCUGUAUUUAUGUUGUCAUGUGCCUGUGCAAGUUUGCUGUUUGUUCAAUGGAUUGACGACUUGUGAAAGCUUUUGCAUACUUGAUGAAAUUAAGAUACUUUUUAAAAGCAUAUAAGUAAAGAAAUAAUCGUCAAAGGCUGGAUAUCAUUUAUAACAAGAAAACUUGGUUGGUUUUGGUUGUGUUUUUAUUUUGCAGCAGAAAUUGCAGAGGCGCAACCAAUUGUUUCCCAAAAACAAAAAGGCGUUCAUCCCGAAAAAGAUGGCAGAUAAUGAGGAUGGAGAGGAGAGGACUUCUCGUGGGAAUGAAUGGGAGGUUGUGACACUUACAGCAUCAGCAUAUGAAGCUGCUCCUCGUUCUGGACAAGUUGAGUUGAAAGAUGAUGACAAGGGAGACGCGUCGAUGCAGGAUGAAGCUGAAACAUCACAUGCCUUAUUCAUGUCUCGUCAUUUUGUUUUUCCACCCAUUGAGCAUGAGAACUUGCCAUUGGAACCUGAUUAUAGUGAGAUUCUUGGUGAAUCAGGAGGCAAAGAUAUCUCUGAAGUUAUUGUUGAUGACGGGGCCAGACCUAGUGGAAAGGAUGAAGAUAGUGUGAUGAUAUCUGAAAUGAAUGUUUCAGAAGCCUUUUCAGAUAUUCCUUUUCUUGAUGAUAAGAUGAGCAAAUUUUCUGUUCAUGGUAAACAGUUUGCAGAAGGUACAACUUUAGAAGAUUUAGGUUUGAUUGGCAAAGAGGAAAGCAUGUAUGACACUGCAAAAUACAAUUCUUUACACAGUGAGACAGAUUUUGGUGAUGCAACUGCAUAUGGGGAUAAUAUAGUUGUAUCUGAAGCAGUCGAACCUGCUGAACAAGAGUCAAACACUUCUCUUGAUUUAUCAGAUUCAAAGAAUUUUCCCAGUGAUUAUAAGUGCCACCCAUCAGAUCUUCCUUGUGAAGCUUGGUGGAAGCGAAGAGCUGCUGCCUUAUAUGCUCAUGCGAAGGAGGCAAAUGCAUACUGGUCUAUUUUCAUUGCAGCUGCAGUGAUGGGCCUUGUAAUGCUUGGUCAGCGCUGGCAGCAGGAAAGAUCUUAUCAACUUCAGUUGCACGGUGGUGUAAAUGAUGAGGGAAGAAGCAGGAUUCUAGCACCCAUAAUACGACUCAAAGAUGUGAUUGUUGGCGGCCAUCGUCGUGGUUCCUUGAUCAGGGGCUCCUCAGAUGGAAGUUAAAGAUGAUGACGAUAAAUUGUGUGUUAAGAGUUGGGGAAAGAAAUGCCAGCUUUGUAGUGCGAUCUUUCUGAAUGUUACAGGAAUAACAUUUUAUAACAUGAAUUCCCCAGCUCCUUUUUUAUUGUGUUGUUGUCAUGCAUUGAGUUGCACUGUAUAGCUCUUGGAUGUGAUUCAACUUGAUAUUUUAUGUAAUUCUGAUCAUGUGGAAUUAGCAGUUUAGACUCCAAAGGCGAUUAAUGAAGUGAAGCGACGUAGUAAAUUGCUAUGCUGGCGAUUUUAGUUCUUGUA